AUGGACAUAACAGAAACGUCUUCAACACUUCCAUCAACAAUCAUUGUCAACUCAACAGUUGGAACCAAUGGAUUUUACACGGAUUAUCCGCGAAAGCCGCAGGAAACUUUCUUUAAUUCACCGGACCGCAUUGGUGUGAUUGUUGGAUGUGUACUAGGUACAUUUAUGUUCAUAUUCUUGCUUGUAGCAGCAUUAAUCACAGUCAAGCUAAGGCAAAAGAAAAAGCAGGAAAUCCUGGUGGAUGUGGAUGAUAGCAUCGAUGAUUGGAAGUCAACAGAGAAAUAUCAGCACAGCAAAAUCAGUCAUGAGUACAUUCAUCACAAUGCAGACAGAACUAUAAAAAGCUUUUCACUGCUGGAUCCGCAUUCAGCAUUUUCAGUAGCAGUAAAAAAAGCAUCUGAAAUACCAAACUCUCCCAGUUCGCCUAAGAAAUAA